UGUCGUUAGUUACUCGGUCCUUACAACAACAGAGCUUAAGAAAACCACCAAAUUGAUUUGGCGGCAACGCAAGUGAAACUGCAAGAACGCUUACAGAAUCUAACUUCUGUAUGCAGAAAUAACAAGAAACACGAAAGAAUGAAUCAAGAAACAAGAUCGAAGCAUAGUAAUCUUAAGAAAAGAGCAAACUUUGCCAUAAGAAAAUCUGAUAAAUUCAAAACCCUAGAUUCUAACAAAAAGGGGGUUUAUGGGAAAAUUGUAAAAAGUCAAAGUAGAAAAGUCAAAGUUGAUGAUAAUGCCUCCAAUGUUGAAGAUGGAUAUUAUAAGAAAAGAAAUGAUAGUGUGAAGUUAAAGAGUGAAAGAAUUGAGGGAUCGAAAUCGAAUUAUAGAGGUCGAAAAGACGGGGAAUUUCAUCGAAAUGAAAGUAAUGGUUUUGUCCGUAAGGAGGAUAGGAGAGUUAACGCGAAUGAUGUGGGAAGUAAGGGUUAUAACAAGCGGGAAUCACGUGAUGCGGGAGGUGAUAGAAGAAAGAAAAGUGAGAAUGGGGAGAAUAGGUUAGGUUUUUUGAGGAAAUAUGGAGACGCGAAACGUGUGCAGUUGAGAAGUUCUGCAGAGGAACAUAAAUUUGGAAUGAAGAAAGUGAAAAGCAGGAAGGAUGUGUCUGAUGAUUCGGUGACAACGUUUGAUCGGCCGAGGAGGAAGAGGCGGUUAAUUCGGGUUGAGUAUCCACAUGAUACUGCAAAUAAGCGGUUUGACGAUAGCCUGCCUACAAUCGAUAAUACCACAGAUCAAAAUAAAGAUCCGGAAGAUACUGAAGAAAACGCUGAGAUGUCAAAAAAUGCACAGUUUCGGGCCAUACAACCAAGCCCCUCUAUCAUAUCAUUUGUGAAUGAAAAUUUAUUGGGGCGCAGACGAGAAAUCGAGUUCAAAAAGGCAGGAUACAAUAUCGAACUUCCUUCUCCUUUAGAUAAUAUUCCCUUUUCUACAAGCUCAGAACGAGAGCGAAUUGAAGAAUCAGUUUUCAGGAAUAAACUGACAUUUUUUGCUGCUGCGAAAGUUUCUUCAUCUUUCCCAUCUCAUGAUCUUCCAGAAAUUGCAUUUGCAGGUAGGUCAAAUGUCGGGAAAUCAUCUUUGCUAAACUCACUUACCAGACAAUGGGGUGUCGUACGGACGUCAGACAAGCCUGGUCUCACUCAGACUAUCAACUUUUUCAACCUUGGACCGAAGCUAUGUUUAGUAGAUCUACCUGGAUACGGUUUUGCGUAUGCGAAAGAAGAAGUCAAGGAGUCAUGGGAAGAACUUGUGAAAGAAUAUGUAUCCACCCGUGAAGAGUUAAAACGAGUAUGCCUUUUAAUCGACACAAAGUGGGGUAUGAAGCCAAGGGACCAUGAACUUGUUGAUUUAAUGGAAAGGUCAAAAACCAAAUACCAGAUAGUAUUGACAAAAACAGAUUUAUCAUUCCCAGUUGACGUAGCCAGGCGUGCGAUGCAAAUUGAGGAGAGCCUUAAAACGAAGAAGUCUGCUAUACAACCCUUGAUGAUGGUUAGCUCAAAAACCGGAGCUGGGAUUAGAAGCUUAAGAACAGUGCUUUCUAAUGUUUCUCGAUUUGCACGACUCUAGGGGUAUUUAUGGCAUUUAAAUGUUUUUUUUUUUUUUUAAUUAGAUCUGAAUCGCAACAUUGGUGUGAUAUUGUCACAGUUAUGUUGCACUUUAGACAACUGCAUAUGUUCUCUACAGAACCACAUUCUUGAUUAUAGAGUGAAAACUGCUUGAGUUUAAUAAAUGGUGGGUGUUAGAUUUAUGAUCAAAUGGAUAUAUUAAACUCAAAUUUGGAUGCUGA